AAGAGAUAUGGAAAUAGCAGAUGUUGAUAGCUUGUCACUUUUUGCAUAUCUGAGAUCACUAAUCAGAUGACAUAGUUCAUUCAAUAUAGUAUAUAAACAAAGAAGAGAUAUUUAAGAGCCAGAACCUUACCUUAAGCAUAAUUUAAGUAUGAACUCUCUUAUUUCGUUUCUUUUUGCGACUUUGACUUUUGCAACUCUACUUUUAGCAGAAGAAGGUUUUAAUUUUAUUACAAUUGGUGAUUGGGGAAGAACACGAACCGCUGGCGUACCGAAUAAACAGGAUGAUGUUGCCAGGCAGAUGGAUGUUUGGGCACGGGAGAAUAAUGCUGAAUUCGUUUUAACUUUGGGAGAUAAUUUCUAUCCCGAUGGUGUGUUCAGUGCUGAUGAUGAACAAUUUGAAACAAAAUGGAGAAACGUCUAUUUAAACCCAUACCCGUCCCUAAGAGUAGAGUGGAAAAUAUCUUUGGGGAACCAUGACCACAGAGUCUUCACUGGUCACUAUCAAGUUGAAUUUGGAAAGACAGAACCCCUUUGGGAGUUACCUUCUUUUAACUAUACUUUUACCAAAACGUUUGGUGAUACAUCAGUUUUUUUUGUUGUUGUGGAUAGCGAUAGUUUAUAUUGGUUGGUAAAUGAUACUUUGAAUGAGCAAGUAUCGUGGUUAGACGAAACUCUAGAACAAGCUUCAGCUGACUGGGUUAUUGUAGCCGCCCAUCAUCCUGUUUAUUCAUCCGGUCAUCAUGGUAGUGAUUUCGGAAUGAUUGAUGACGUAAGACCAAUUUUGCUUAAACACAACGUAGACUUCUAUUUAGCUGGUCAUGAGCAUGAUUUACAACACCUUAACGGACCGCCAGGAGAUUCUAUCGAGUACGUAAUUAGUGGUGGUGGAGGAGCCUCGGCGAGACCACAGAAUGAGAUUGCGGUAGAAGACUUAAAAGACAUGAAUGUUACACAAAAAAUGUUUAAUAGUAUCAAUGGUUUUACAGGAAUUAAAGUAAAACAAAAUUCCAUAACUGUAGAAUACGUCGAUUUAGAGGGUACCAUGUUUUAUUCUUUUACUAAAUAUAAGAACUAAUUUUAAAAUAUUCUCAUAUCUUAUCAUUCUGAGAAGAA